ACCUCUAUCUUUUGGAGAACAGUGCCAAAAUCUCCACAAAAAACCAACCCCCCUUCCGUCAUGUCUAAAAACCUGUUAUGCACCCAUCUUGGCAAUUACGUGGGCUGCCUUCAUGGCAUUAUAGGAGGAGGCAUUUUGAUUUUGAUCCCAGCAUUUGUGCUUAUUCGAUUAGAACAUGAAGAAUUCCGUGGAUGUUGUCCCUAUGAGAACCACAGGCGAAACUGUGCACUGCUGGCUUCAGUCUUGGUUUCCUGUGUUGGAAUUCUUGGUGCUGGAUACUGUUUCAUCAUUGCAGCUCUGACUUUAGCCCAUGAGCCCUACUGUUAUUCCACAGACGACACCUGCUGCCAUCACGUUUCUGCUGCUAAUGGAGGGUACCAGUGUGAUAACUCUGGCUCGUGUCAAUGCCAAGAGCCAAGACAUGUUGUUCAGUGGAACAUUGCCUUUUCCUCCAUCUUGCUUAUUUUGAGUGGAAUCGAAUUAAUUCUCUGCACCAUUCAAAUAAUCCAAGGCUGUCUUGGAGGUGCAUGGGCCGUGUGUCAUGGUUGUGACAAACAGAGAUGCCCUUGCUAGACUACUAGGACUUGAAAACAAGUUACGGUCAUCUUAUGCAUCACUGUAAUUAUGCCUGUGUUUUUGAGCUGACUUGACUAAUUCAGCCAAACUCAUCCUUAUGACUUGUUUUAUAUGGUAUAUAACUGUUAAUUAUUAAGAGAUCAUAGUUCAUAUUGCAUGCAUUGUUCCCAAAUACUAUUUUUUUAAAAAUAGCAGAAACUGAGGAGUUUUUAUAUAAGUUUCUUGAACAAGAUUCCCUUAAAAUUUUCUUACAUAUGAAUCGGACCUCUAUAUCCAUGGAUUCUCCAUCCAUGGAUUCCAUCAUUUUCCAAAUGAGCUU